AUGGCAGAAACUGCAGUUUGCGUGGGAACAUUCACUGCUGUGAAGACACUUUGGGAAGUGAGAAUCCACAAGAUAAAUGAAGAAUUACAGAAAGAAAAGGAAUUCAGAGAGAGGUCUGCAGGAAGGCUGCUACUUGUCUGGGAGGAGAGAGCUGCUUUAGCAAAGCUCAAAGAAAAAGUUAUUCAUGAAGAUGGAAGAGCAAUUUUAAGGAUAGAGGAAGAAGAAUGGAAGACACUACCUUCGUGCUUACUGAAACUAGUCCAUCUCCAGGAAUGGCAGCUUCACAGAACUAGUUUGCAGAAAAUUCCUCAGUUCAUUGGAAGAUUUCACAAUCUUGUUGUUCUGGACCUAUCCCGGAACUCAAUUGAAAGUGUACCUAAAGAAAUUGGCCAGCUGACUAGACUCCAAGAGCUACUUCUCAGCUACAAUAGAAUAAAGUCUGUUCCUAAAGAAAUAAGUAACUGUGUCAGUCUGGAAAGAUUGGAACUGGCUGUCAACAGGAGUAUCUGUGAUCUUCCUCCUCAGCUUAGUGAUUUAAAGAAGCUUUCACACAUAGAUUUGUGCAUGAAUCAGUUUACUACCAUCCCUUCAGCUCUUCUCAACAUGCCCAAUCUAGAAUGGUUAGAUAUGGGGGGAAAUAAACUCCAGGAGCUUCCCGAUGCAAUUGACAGAAUGGAAAAUCUCCACACUUUAUGGCUCCAAAGGAAUGAGAUCAACUCUUUGCCAGAAACCAUUGGUAAUAUGAAAAAUCUUAGUACUCUUGUUCUUAGCAACAACAAGCUUAAGGAUAUUCCAGCUUGUAUGAAGGACAUGACAAAUCUGAGGUUUGUCAACUUCAGAGACAACCCACUGGAGUUAGAGGUAACACUCCCUCCAUGUGAGAAUACAGAAGAGGAAGAGCAACAGGAAAUGUUUGGCAUUGAAUUCAUGCACCUGUAUAUCCAGGAGUCACUUGAGAGAACAGGAAGUCUGGAAAGUUGUACUUCUGGUCCUUCUCCUAUCAUAAAUGCUAAUGAAUAA